AUGUCCCUCGUUGAAGCUCACUAUCACCCGUUCUUAUUCACGACGUUAACCUUGUGUGCUAUGGCGGAGCUAGGCCUUACCGCGUUCCUCAUCAAUGCAAGCGUCGACAAGCAGACGUGGCCAACUCCACGAUAUCACCAUUUGAUAAUCCUUUUUUGCUUCAACGGGGCGUGGACUACAUUGUUUGGUUCGACCUACUUGCUCUGGUUGGUCGAUGGCGCAGGACAUAUCCUAGCCAAUGUAGCCAGCUCUUUGGCAUGGCUAUUGGUUACGUCAAUAUUAUGGGGAUCGGCUGCCGGGCUGAUGCAUAACACUAGGACCGGCGGAAGCUGCCCAGGCAGCCCUAUCAUAUCCCGCUGCCGUCAGUCCCUUACGGUGGAAAUUCUUGGCUGGUCAGCAUUUGGGUUGUGCAUUUUGGCGAUUAUUGCGACUUGCUCGUGGCUGGUGGCCAGUAGACAAGCCGCUUUGAAAGCAAAAAACAGUGACGCUGAUAGCGCAUCACGAUUGGUAUAA